AUGGAUCCCCGAACUAUCUGUGCAGCCUUCUUCAUUUUAGGGACCACAGUUGAUCUAGGUGGAACUUUGAUACCUUCAUUCCGACAGCAUUUCAUGAACUAUGGCAGUCGAGGGUUCACGCCAAAUCCUGAGAAAAGCACAUCCGCCCAGAGCAAGACUACGCGUCUAUUCGAAUACGUUGCAUCUAUACAGGUUCCCCAUACUUGGUUCACUCACUAUUAUAUUGUCUCCGUGGCCUCUUCCAUUUUCUGGGCGUUUCAAAUCAUCACACGUGGACCUGCUUUCAGAUUGCUUGCAUCGUACUCUCAACAAGAUGCGACAAAAUCAAUGACAUUUAAUCAGGUAACUUUGGCAUGGACACUCAUGGCUCUACAGGGCAGCCGGAGAGUGUAUGAGAGUCUUACGCUCACAAAACCUUCCCAGUCAAAGAUGUGGGCUGGGCUUUGGGCUAUUGGAAUUGCGUAUUAUUUGUUUAUGGGAAUUUCGGUUUGGAUUGAAGGCAUUGCCAUACUUGAUGCAACUACAAAUCCACUAGGUUCGAUAGACUUUUCGAAGCCCUCUUUGAAGACUUGUGUGGCAGUACCUCUAUUUGUGACUGCAUCUGUCUGUCAGCAUGACUGCCACAAGCACUUGGCAAGCUUGAAGAAGUAUGCUCUUCCCUCAAAUGCAUUCUUCCGCCACAUCGUUUGCCCUCAUUACACUAGCGAAUGCUUGCUGUAUAUUGCAAUUGCCAUUGCAGCCGCGCCUCAGGGACAGUUCUUGAACAGAACCAUAUUGACAGGGCUGUGCUUUGUAAUAUCAAACCUUGGAGUGACUGCAGAUUCAACAAGGAAAUGGUAUGCCACAAAGUUUGGUGUAGAUAGUGUAGAGGGUAGAUGGAGAAUGAUACCAUAUUUAUACUGAAAUACUCUUCUCGGCGUUUGGUGUAGAUAGUUGGAAGUAGAAACAGAGGUCGAUACUAUGUUAUAAGAUUAGGCCUCAGCGUUUGCCGAAUAUCCCUAACUUUGAACCUAGUUUCGAUACCUUGAGUACGUCCCGAUACGUAAGGCUAGUUCGCUCCUUUCUUUCGUAUCUACCAUCAAUAAUUUCAUCUUUAGACCGUAGAAGAUCCCAGUUUGCGACUGUUGUGGUAUUUAGGUCAAUUUCUGCUUCCGUCUCGGAUAUUCCAUGAUAGUAAUUUGUAUAUAGUUCAUCUGUUGUGAUCAACAAACUCCUUGGCUCCUGGAAAAUUCUCCACCUUGGCUGCUCUUCUCUUGUUCCAUCAUCUUUGUUGCCAUAGAUAUUCAAGCAUAAGCUUGCGCCUAAGCUUACAGUGCAGACGACUGGAUGAUAGGCGGCUCCAUCUUUAUGUGGCAUAAUUCCCUGCUUUGGCAGAUAUUCAUUGAUUAGGACAUGAUUCGGACGCUCAUGGGGGCUAUCACUAAAAAUAUGACGUGUUCCGGUUUCAUGCGAGAUAGGUAAGGAGAGGAGUCGAGAGACAACGGGAUCUGUUAGCCAUUUGGGCAGAGGAGCAUCCAAUAGAGUAUUCUUGGUCAAAUCAGAGGGCCAUGUCUGAAGACGACGAUGAGUUAAAUGCUUCCAUCGUGGUUUUGGGGCUGUGGCAAUCUGUGGGAAUCAAAAUGUCAAAUAUCAAAUCUCGAAUGGGCCCGGAAUCGACCUACUUUCUGCAGUAAUAUUUGUUCUUCCUCCUCCGUGAGAAAAUUAGGAAUAUAAGAAGCUUUUGAAGGGAGGGUCUUGAUUCGAGCUUCAUCAAGAGAUGUUGGUAAGGCUAACUGUGGAAUGUCCAUUUUGGAUAAAAAGGUAUCUUUGAGAAGUAGAAUUAAACUGUCCUGGGGUGAUAAUGUGAGAGUAUGUGUGAACUUUGAAGGAGAAAAGAUCUGGUGAAGAGAUGAGUCCAAAAAGAAUUUAUAAGGGAGGGGAGGA